GGAAAAGCAGCCGGAGGAGCUGAAGGAUGGCGAGCCGUUGCUGAGAGUUGGGACACGCUACCCGUCGCUUCAAACACAGCUGCUUCUGAUACACCAGCCCGUAAUUAAUCUGAAGCCUUUAAACCCUGCCGAGAGAGGAGUGGAACUAAAAGUGCGCAGUUGUGUCUCGUCGCUGCGAGGAAGAUCUCUGGCAUAUUUGCACGAAUUUCCUUUCCUUUCUGCCCUCUUGCUUUGGAAUACCACAGGUAGGCACUCAUGGGUAGCCUGUGUGUUUGGGCUGUGGCCGCUCUGCUGGCCACCUCAGGGUGCUGGCUGGCUGAAGGCCUCAAGACCAGCAGGAGAGGCAGCGUUCAUUCAGCUACAAUGCCACGUACCUCCUCCCAGGAACCAAACUCCAUGGAGAAGGGGAAAGCAGACGGGAACAUCGAUCAAUCCCUCUCUGACCCAGAUGGAGAUCCCUGUCGCAGAACUUACUGUGGACGGGGUCGACAGUGUGUGCUGAUGGCGGACACUGGCCGUGCCGAGUGUGUUUGCCAGGAAAAGUGCCGGCCCUCCUUCGUGCCGGUCUGUGGUUCAGACGGCAGGUUCUACGAGAACCACUGCGAGGUUUACCGCACCGCCUGCCUGGAGAGGAGGCGGAUCUACGUGGUGCACAGCAAGGACUGCUUCUUCAAAGGCAAUGCAUGCACCAUGUCGGAGUACAACAGGCUGAAAAGCAUGCUGCUGGAUAUGCAACCAAAAGUGCUGAAAGAUGGAGGGCAGAGCCAGCAGAGAGACAUGGAGGAGAAGAGAGCACGGGUGGACACCAUGUUCAAAUACCUGGAUGUGGACCAGGACGGCCGGCUGGUCAGUGGGGAGCUGGAAAAGAUCUCCAUGAAGGAGCACCUGGAGGACAGCCUGCUGGAGUGCACCAUGCAGGACCUUCUGCGUUACGACGACUACAACAACGACAGACACCUCAGCCUGCACGAGUUCUACACAGCUUUCCAGGUUGUCCAACUGAGCCUGGCGGAGGACCAGUGGAUCAGUGUCUCUACGGUAACAGUGGGCCUUAGUGCGGUCCUUACGUGUGCCAUCCAAGGGACGCUGCGUCCACCAAUCAUCUGGAAGAGGAACGGCAUCAUCCUGAACUUCUUGGACCUGGAGGAUAUCAACGUGAGUGACUUUGGGGACGAUGGCUCCCUGUACAUCACCAAGGUGACAACCAUCCACAUGGGGAACUACAGUUGCCAUGCCUACGGCUAUGAAGACCUCUAUCAGACUCAUGUGCUGCAGGUGAAUGUCCCUCCAGUGAUCCUGGUCUACCCGGAGACGCAGGCCCAGGAGCCCGGCGUAUCUGCCAGCCUCCAUUGCCACGCCGACGGCAUCCCGAAUCCCAAGCUCCUCUGGCUGAAGAACGGCAUGGACCUGCUGCCCAGAUCCUCCACACAGCUCGCUCUCAUAGCCAAUGGUAGUGAGCUCUUCAUUGGCAGCGUCCGGUACGAGGACACUGGAGCCUACACAUGCAUCGCCAAGAACGAGGUUGGCGUGGACGAGGAUAUCUCCUCUCUGUUUGUUGAAGACUCGGCCAAGAAGACCCUUGCGAACAUUCUGUGGAGAGAAGAAGGGUUGAGCGUGGGAAACAUGUUCUAUGUGUUUUCUGAUGAGGGUAUCACUGUUCUUCAGCCCAGUGAAUGUGAGAUACGCAAACACAUGCAGCGGGCAGAGAGGAUUGUUGCUACAUAUGAGGAGAUGUGCCCUAAGGGUGAGGGGGUGUCACCUCAGCACUGUGUGUGGUCCUCAGCAGUCAACGUCAGGGAUAAGUACAUCUACGUGACCCAGCCCCUCCUGAGCCGACUGCUGGUGGUCGAUGUUCAGACGCAGAAGGUGGUGCAGGCAGUAACAACAGAUUCUUUUCCAGUGAAGAUGCUCUAUGACAAGUCACAUGACCAGGUGUGGGUCCUAACAUGGGGGGAUAUGGACAGAACACAUCCAACACUUCAGGUCAUUCCUCAAGCCAGUGUGGGAGAGGUGCAUCAUGCCAUCCGCACGACUUUCCAGAGGGUCAGCGACUUCUUUAUUCCUCCAACCAACCUCAUCAUCACACACGUGAGGUUUGCCUUCGUCUUCCUCAAAAACGAACCUGCGGUACACAAGAUCGACCUUGAGACCUUCCAUCGCGUCAAGACCAUCAGCCUGAAGAACUACAGCUGCAUACCGGUCAGCAUGGCGUACACACACCUGAGCGGCUUCUACUUCGUCCAGUGCGAGAGCAAGAGCCACCUGAAAGCCCCGCCCCAGCUGCUCAUCGACAGCGUGACGGACGCAGUGAUUGGUCCAAACCUGAACAUCACUGGGCAGGCCUUUGUGUCGCCGGAUGGCCGCUACAUUGUGACGCCCGACCCUCAGAGCUCCAAGCUGAUAGUACAGACAGUGUCGUUCCAGGGGGAGCUGGGUCUGAACCAGGAAGUGGACGAGCCAAUAGCUGUGUCCGAUUUGGCUUUCCAGCCGUCCUUCACGGAGUCCAACCAGCACGUGGUUGUCGCCACCUCGGGCUCAGGGAAGGACCUGCUGUUUGCCGAUCUGUCCUCGGGCCGCACUGAGGUUCUGCGGAGCCUCAAAGAGCCCCUGGCCCCCCAAGCCUGGCCCUGGGGAGGCCCCAACAGAGUAGUGGUCUCCAGCGGUUUGUUUGGACAGUACCUGGUGACGCCGUCAGCCGAGUCCCUCUUUGUCCUGAAUGGCAAACAGAGAUCGCCUCACUGCGAAGUGUCAGACAUCAAGAGAGGAAACACAGUCGUCUGGGUCGGCGAGGUAUGAGUAAAAAGGGAAAGAAAAAGAAAGAUGAAGACAAACGUAAAUGGAAAAAAAGGAAAGAUCAGGCCAAAUUACCUAUUAUAAAGAUUUAUGUGAAGAUCAGUUGUGGACUCAACCCUGGGACUGAGCGAGAGGGAUACAUGCCUGGGUUUAUUGUAACAAAACUACACUUAAAAUUAGAGUAAUUGAGAAAAACAUUAAGAAACCCUGUUGUGAUAUUUCUAUUGGGAGAAAGUGUCAAUGCCGUUCAGUGCAACAGUGAUCUAUGUUCACUUAACUAUACACAAUUGUACAUUAUUGCACUUCCUUCCAUGUUAUCACAGCAAAUAGGUACCUGAAGAGGGGUUAUUAACAAACUAUGAACUAUGCACAAUGCUCACUUUUUUUAGAGUAAAAAGCUUUCCGAUUUUGUUUAUCUCAACAAUGUUUGUCGUUAUCACCAGUGCUGCAUAUAAUCACCAGAAACUGUCCGUCUGUCCUGUCUGCCUUUAGUGUAUGUGUGUUCUGAGUCCUUUUAAAAGCUACCAACCCAUCAGUUUAUUGGCCUUUGUCAUGGUAUUGUACUGUAUCCUCCCUCUGAAAGCUCUCAUUCUUCUCAUGCCGGCAGAGGUUGGCUUUAUGCACAUGUGUAAUUCCUUCUAUUUACAUUGUCUAUCCAAAGAGCCCGAUUGGUCCAUAAGCCGUUGUCAUUGGAUGUUUUCGCUCGCAAAGGCAGCCUAACCAGAAAUGAACAGUACAUAUUGCGGUCUCUUGCAAUGGUGUGAUCUCCCCCCUGCUGUCCCUCACAUUUAUUCUGUACCUGCAGCACAAUUCUGAUCUGCAGAGCCUGAAAAUGCCACUUAGCAGAUUUCCUCAGGGUAAUGACUCCUCUUUACUCUGACCCCGCAUGCUGAGGCCGCGCCAAAGUGCCAUCAACUCGCUAUCGAACGGGCUGUGAGCAUUUUUACUUCCUCCCUGAGAGCUGUGCAUCAAGAUCAAUCUCUAAGGCAGGUACUACACUUGCCAUGUGGUAGUUAUUCCACUUUGUUACACAUAGAAAAUAUUUGGAUUUCUUUCUGUCUAGUCUGCAAGAAAAAGUUUUAAAAGCAACCACAUUCGCACAGGAAUAACAGCCUGUUUCACUGACACUAACCUACCGUACUGUUUUAAACAUCGACAUUGUAUUACUACUUUUGAACAACCCCGGUAUUAUCUGUCUCGAGGCAGGAACCGAAUAAACACCAGCAACUCUUUGUCCUUCAAAAUAGCAGGUAUGUUCACUCUGUGGUUGUGUAAUUAGCUUUUUAAUCGUAAUGAUGAUCCAUGAGCAGCAAGAUAACGCCACUGCAAAUCUGCAGAUGUAAUAAUGUUAUCAGAAGUUACUGGAAUCUCUCAAACAUGUCUGCCUCUUGACGGUAGUGACGAGGAACAUUCAUAUUUAUCCAGCAUUCACAGUUAAUGUCUCGUAGAUGUAGGGCUAACAUUAGUGCCAGUCUUGGGGAAAACAGUCUUUCUUUGGUUUUUUGUCAUUGCAAAGUAACAUACUAAAAACAAUUACUAUCCCCUAAUAUUCAGUGUUAAUAUCCUUUACCAUCUGGCAGAGAUGUUUUCUCAUUUUAGGUUAUAAAAUAAAUCAUGAGUUACUGUGAAUUGGCUGUUUUUUACACGCAAAAUGUGUAUUCUCCCUAAAUUCACAUUUAAUUAAUUGUUAUUUAUAAAACAGACACACUUAGAACACUUUAAUUGCAAUUUUUUUAUAUAUACUUUAAUUUAUUUUUUAAAUGAACUUCCUUAACCAGCAUAGACCAGCUAUAGGCAAAAUAGUAUAAUCAAUUCAUUAAUAAAAAUACAUCUUUCAUAUCAAAUACAAUGUAAACUGUAAAAGUAAAGGACUUUAGAAAAAGCAGCAUUAAUGCUCAGUCCCUGCAUGGAAAGAUAGAUAUUUUCUAAAUGAUCUCAGCAAGCUCUCUUGUAUAUCAUACAGUAUGUGAUCACUGUACAAAUACUCACAGCCUAUAGGAAUGUGCAGUUGUUGACCCUUUUGGCAGUUACAUAAAACUCCACAGAAGGAGUGCUUAAGGAACCAUAAGUCCAGCUGGAGUCUUGUGAAUGGAGAAUAUCUGCUAAUGUGGUUUGCUUUUCAUCCCCAGGAAUAAACAACGGCCCACAUCAAAUACUAACUAUCAUCUCCUAAUACGUAGUUGUGCCUGUAACUCCUCAAUGCGAUGCAAUGUGUAGGGUAGGAAAAAAAAGAAAACGCAGGAGUGAAGCCGAUUAGUUGUUCUUGUUUGUAAUUUAGGUAUUUGCUGCUAAUUAGCCAUGAAGUUACUUUCUGGCAUGAAAGCCUGUUGAUGACUCAAUGAUAGACCACUGUUGCACUGAGGAGAAAAAUAUACUAUCUUGACAUACAUUUAUGUUUAUGAAUGGGAAUUUGUCAAAUUGGUAGCCCAGUUUUCUCACUGUAUCAAAAAUAAAUAUAUUCUUACUGUUUAAAAAAAGGCUCUGAUGCUUCGUAAAGUCACUUUCCCAUCCAAAGUCACUCCCCUGGUGGCUCUAAAUGAGCAUCUACAGUAUUGGGCGGCUCUGAGACAUGCAUGUAAUAAAAACAGACCUUCAACAUGAUCAUCUCUCAAUGAUCUCUCGCACUCACUCACGGUUUACUUGUGAAAAAGUCACCUUCCCUCCCUCUCUUCGACACGUCCGUCAGCUUAUCUCUUAAGGUCGAUUCAGCAGUUUGACACCGCUACUAGAGCCCCGGAGAUCAAGAACAAAGAGACUGCAGCACACUCGCUGAUAUUACUAAAUAAUUGGCUAGCUUGUGUUGUUUGUUUGGAUCUACCUUCAGUGUCACAUGAAUAUUUGCGUCCCUCUCCUCGAACCCUCCUGUGAGGGGCUGCUCAGCUGACCCGCUUGGUGUGAUAGACAUUGAUAGGAACCACUGUUGUAGAUAACAUUGUUCAUGUUUAGAACACGUUCAGACAUGACGAAACUGACUGUACAGUUUUCUUUAUGCAUUUUGUGUGUUCUGGUUUAUGAGGGAAUUGUUUUGUAAGAAAAAAUCGAAUUAAAUAUAUUGUAAAAAUCA